GAGCGGCGGCACUAGGACCGGGCGGACCCGGGCUGCGGCGGGGCCUGGGCGGCCGCAGGAGCUCAAACCGGGGCUUAGGGCUCCCGGCGCCAUGUGAGGGGGCUCGGGGCCGCGGGGGGCCGGGCGCUCCCCCGGAAAGAUGAGGAGACUGAGGCUCAAAGAGGUCCCAUGGCUUGCCCGAGGCCCUCCAGCCAGUGUGACCCCAUACCCCUAGCCCCUGGCCUACCAGCAGGACACCAGCCCUUGCCCCUUAGCAGAUGCCGGAGAGAAAUGAAUAAGAACAAAGAGCAGCGGUCAGCAGUGUUCGUGAUCCUCUUUGCCCUCAUCACCAUCCUCAUCCUCUACACCUCCAAUAGUGCCAACGACGUCUUCCACUAUGGCUCCCAGCGAGGCCGAAGUCGCCGGCCAGUCAACCUCAAGAACUGGCACAUGACCGAUGGCUAUAUCCCCAUUCUUGGCAACAAGACGCUGCCCACCCGGUGCCACCAGUGUGUGAUCGUGACUAGCUCCAGCCACCUGCUGGGCACUAAGCUGGGCCCUGAGAUUGAGCAGGCUGAAUGCACAAUCCGAAUGAAUGAUGCACCCACCACAGGCUACUCGGCUGACGUGGGCAACAAGACCACCUUCCGGGUGGUGGCCCACUCCAGUGUAUUCCGUGUGCUGCGGAGGCCCCAGGAGUUCGUCAACCGGACCCCAGAGACUGUGUUUAUCUUCUGGGGCCCCCCAAACAAGAUGCAGAAUCCCCAGGGCAGCCUCAUGCGUAUCAUCCAGCGGGCAGGCCUGGCGUUUCCCAAUAUGGAGGCCUACGCCGUCUCUCCCGGCCGCAUGCACCAAUUUGACGACCUCUUCCGGGGUGAGACAGGCAAGGACAGGUACCAGCCUCCUGCCUGCCCCCUUGGCCAGCCCUGUGUUCCUCUCAGUAUGCUCCACACACAGAGCUUCCACAUGCUGCUCUGAAGGUGUGAAUCAGGUUUCCUAGGGGAGCUUCCCGUAGGCC